AAUAAUAGGGUACUUCCUUCCUGGUGCAAUGUACUGUAACAAAUCGAGUUCCCCAAACUAUUUUCAUCUCAUUGAUUGCAGUAGCUGUCUCAUACGGGCAAAACACAAUACGUGGAGGAAUGACGUACGCAAUAUGUAUGGGUGGCUCCGUCGCCUACGUGAGAGGCGGAAAAGAGACCCUUUGAAUUCCAGCUCAUUGGAGAACCGAGCUGUCUCUGCCUCCUCCACCUCCUCCCACUCCCCACCUCCACAGCCACUCCUGAGUGCUGCGGCUCGCUGGUGCCGUGCCUUUGAUGUGUGCGUGUGCCACAGCACUGAGGAUGCCGCGGUUGCCCAGCUCCUGGUGUCCCACCUUGAGGCCCGCCCCCACGGGCUGCGCUGCUUUCUGCAGCUCCGUGAUUCAGCUCCAGGGGGCGCCGUGCCCACGGAGCUGUGUGAGGCAGUGCGGAGCAGCCACUGCUGGGCCCUGCUUAUCACUCCGCACUUCCUGCUGGACCCUUGGUGCCGGUACCAGAUGCACCAGGCCCUUGCCGAGGCACCCAUGUCCAACCGGAUCAUUCCCCUCGUGCUGCAUGUGUCACAGUCCGAGUACCCAGCGGAGCUGCGCUUCUACUACUACAUCAACCUCACAGGCGACCCUGAGCGUGGCUAUGAGCUUGUCUACAAGACAGUGCUGAACUACUUGGAGGAUAUGUGUAGGAGUGUCAGUGCAGUUGAAAGUGGCCCAGAUCAUGUGGACUCAGAUGGGAUCCUCGAUUCCUCUGGACAGAUGCCACCAGCCCCUGAGAUUUUAGAGUCUCUGCCUUCAGGCAGAGGGGACUAUAACUCAACGCAUGCACAGCUAAUCACAGGGCCUGAGCAUUUUCCUCACCCUGAACUUCAUGGGCUGGAGCAGAGUCACACCAAACAACCAGCAGGGGGCACUAAUGAGAGCCUAAGCAUUAGCAUGCUAAUGGACUCAACUGUAUAGCGAAAGAAACAGAGUGUGUCAUUUGCUUUUGUUAUUUCAUUUGCUUUGCUUGUAGCCAAUGACUGUUGACUAGGAAGGAGCAACACUUGAACAGUUGUGUCUCUAAGUCAGCACACCCAUUAUUUCUAAUAAUGCUCCUCACCCUGGUAAUUAUACUAUAUUCCAAAUAAGCUGUUUACAUGCACCAUGAAGUACGACCACUGAAAAUAUUCCUGUAUACACAGAAACCAGAGUAUCCCGCAUAAUCUCAGUAAAGGAUCAUAGUAAUCAUAAUGACUGACUUGUUGUUGACUAGCUGGUUGGCUCCCUCAAAGUAAGGGUAGGUUUUAAUGCCCUAUACCACUAGGUUGAGAAAAGGCCUUAAUCAGACUGCCAGAAACAGUCAUGACCAGUUAAGUGUCUGUUCUUGCUUGUUUUUAUGACUGCACAUAGAGCAAUUG